GUUCAUAUUCAUACAUCACUGCCGGGAGCGCGCUGGUCUCUCUCAUGUGCACGUAAUGAACUGCACUGGCCUUUUAAUGUAGCGAAUAAUUCCUCGUUUAAUGGUGCAGCGAUUAUUUAUCUGUAUGUUUCCGUGAACAUAGCUGUGAAACCGCAAAAAGAGAGAAAUCCAGCAGACAAGCAGCAUGAAUGAGCCCGAGGGACUGCGGUUGAGGAAGCUCAACAGACCUCAGAUCAUCACAGACGAAACCCAUGAACCCCAGCACAAAAGCACAAGCACUUACAGUGGGAAGGUGUUUCGUGUGACAUUACUCACAUUGGUGGCAUUCCUGCUCUUCCCACUGCUGGUGGUCAUUUUCAUCUUCGAGUCUCCCAUUCAACCAGACGCGUUCAGUCUCAAUGAACCACCUCUUAUGACCGGCUGUUAUGAGCCCAACUUAAAACUGAGACAGGCAGAGCGACUGUUUGAGGAACAGCUUAUCGGCCCAGAAUCCAUCGCUAACAUUGGAGAUGUGUUGUACACUGGGACUGCUGAUGGAAAGAUUGUGAAAAUCGAGGGAAGGAACAUUCAUGUUAUAACAACACUUGGCAAGCCACCAUGUGGUUCUCGUGAACAGGAACACAUCUGUGGACGUCCGCUGGGAAUUCGUGUGGGACCCAAUGGAACUUUGUUUGUGGCUGAUGCUUAUUUGGGUUUGUUUGAAGUCAACCCUGUCACAGGUGAUGUAAAAUCUCUAGUGAGCACAGGGAAGAUGAUCGGUGGUCGACGUCUGGCCUUUGUGAAUGAUCUGGAUGUAACUCAGGAUGGGAAGAAGGUGUACUUCACUGAUUCGAGCAGCAGGUGGCAGCGCAGGGAUUUCAUGCACCUGAUCAUGGAAGCCACUGCAGAUGGACGUGUGCUCGAGUACGAUACAGAGACCCAGGAAGUUACUGUGAUGAUGGAGAACUUGCGGUUCCCUAACGGCAUCCAACUCUUCCCUGAUGAGGAGUCUGUUUUAGUGGCUGAAACGACCAUGGCAAGAAUAAGGAGAGUCCAUGUGUCUGGUCUCAAUAAAGGAGGCAUGGAUACAUUCAUAGACAACCUCCCAGGAUUUCCCGAUAACAUCCGACGCAGUUCUUCAGGUGGCUACUGGGUGGCUAUGUCUGCUGUGCGACCCAACCCCGGUUUCUCCAUGCUGGACUUCCUGUCUCAAAGACCCUGGAUUAAGAAGCUCAUAUUUAAGCUCUUCAGUCAAGAUACACUACUGAAAUUUGUGCCACGCUACAGUCUGGUGGUGGAGCUGCAGGAUGGUGGAACGUGUGUGCGUAGCUUCCACGAUCCACACGGCAUGGUGUCCGCCUACAUCAGUGAAGCACACGAGUACAACGGCUACCUGUAUUUAGGCUCCUUCCGCUCCCCUUAUCUGUGCAAGCUGGAUCUGAGCAAAGUGUGAAACAUGCCUAAUGCUCCGACAAAUGCGUCACGAGCCGAACAGAUUGCUCUACUUGAGUCAUUUCACCUUGGCUUCCAAACAAACAGAUUUUGAAACUAUUAACCCUGGCAACACAUCAUCGACAGGAGCACUUAUCAGAUGCUUCCAUAUUAGUCAACAAAUGAACUGAGUUCCUUCAUUUGAUUCCUGUCGUUUUAAUUUAGCUCUGAAAUAUGCUUGAAUUUGUGUUCCAUUAACCCAUGUGAAUGACUUUGUGUUUGCUGCUUUUUUUAGAGGUGUGCAGUGUAUUAUAAGCUCUUUUAUCGAAAGAUGUGCCAUGAUUAUUUUUGACUCCCUCAUUUAUGAGAGAACAUAUGCAGUCUCUGUACUUAGAUUUUUCUUGUAUUGGUACCGAGCUGUUGUCUGGCACUUAAAAUAGAGCCAACUGUUUUCCUUAAAGAUGCUGUGAUACAGAAAAUGACUCGUAAUAACUUGCUUGGGUGGCAGCAUUGAGGUGUAGUUUGGGAAAUUGAAAGGAUAUUAUAUUAUAAACUACUGCAACAUUACAUAUAGCUAUAAUUAUUUAUGGUUAUUAGAAUGAAAAUGUGUGAAGGUUAUGGUUUAUUUUUUGAGUGGUUGAAAUUAUUAAUUCCAUUUCAUUGUUAUGUUUCAUCAUUAUUUGUGUAUGACACAAAAUGAAAUCUGCACCAUUCAUGGCUGAUAAAUGCUGCUGGCUUUACAGUAUUUAGCAUACAUUUACUCAAAAGUCUCUGUGAUAUUUCCAUUAAUAUUGCAUAUGAUUUCUAAAGAAUUUUCAGCAAUAAUGUCUAUUGCAGUGGUUCUCAACUGGACCAAAAAUGAGCCCCAGAUCUGUUCUGAUUGGGUGGUGGACAAAAGGGAAAAACAUUGUCUUUUGCGAAUAAUGAAAAUUAACUAGCCGUAAAAUUUUGCGGAGUUAGGAUAGCAAAUGUAAUUAGGUUUAUCAACUUUUAAAAAGGGAGGGGAAAAUGCUUCCAAUAUCUUUUGUGGUUGUGCAUCGAAUCAAACAAUACAUUAUUUUGGAUUAAUCUGAUACUUAAUAAUAGGGUUAAUACUAAAACAAUGUUUGUUCCAUGUGUUAGGCUGAUCAGUUACACUUCUGCUGUUGUUUAUGCAGUUACAAAACAGUCUAUGUUAAUGUUAAUGCAUAUUGGCGUAUGCAUUCCAAAAUGGUGCAGAGGAAAUAUGGCAGAUGUCAGGAAAACUUGGUAGGCUAUCAUCAAAAUCCUCAUGACCCAAGGAAUCCAGAGCCACCAACCUCAUGAUUUUAGGCAACACUGUUCAAAAGUUCUGGGAAAAAAUAGCAAUUUUUGAGACUUCUUGACCCCAUAGGUGGCGCUGUCACCUAAUUUGGCAUGUACCCUCAGAUCAUGGUGCUAAUGAAUUGUACCAAGAUUAAUUUUAAUAGAACAAAGCUUUGCCGGGAAACAGCCUUAAUCAUUGUUUUGUUGACUUCCUUAAAUUCAAAUUGGUAUAGUUAAAAAAAGAAAAAAAAAGGCGAAUAUCAAAGUUCUGUAUUAGAUUUUAUGUGCGGCUCGGUCUAAAGAUCACCGGUGCCAUUUUUUGUGUGAAAAGGACCAAGUCUGUAGGAGUAGCAGCGAAAAAAACAAUAAAUAUCACAAUCCAACAUGGCGGUCAUUGUAAUGGCCGGAGUUUUAGGGUAAUUACAAUAAUCAUGAGGAGAGAAAUUAGACAAAAUAUUAAUCCAUUUUAGGUUUGACUGUCACUUUUUUUUUAAUGAAAAACAGUUUUAAUAAUUUUGUUAGGUUGCUACUUAAUGUAAAACAUUGGUCCUGAAACAAAAGCAGUUGAGAACCACUGUCCUAUUAGAUGUUUGCACCCAUUUAUUGUCCAUAUAGAGUUAUGAAUAUAGGAAAAAAUAUGCAUAUUUCACAGCAAGUAAUAAGUGAGUAGUGAAAAUAUAAUGAAUAAAUUUAUUAGAAGUGUCUUUCA